UCAAAUUCACCCUUAACCCUUUGACGCUUAGCCGUGUCCUAACAGAGCCACCCUUGCUCCGCCACCUCUCUAUCUCUACACCUCUCUCUCUCUCUCGUCGUCUCUCCAAUCUUUUCGAGCCACCUUCUCUGUCGUGGGCAAAUUUUGGGUCUAUUUCUGUGUUGUGUUUUGGGUAUUGUGGAGAAGAAGGGUAACCUGUGUACGAGCUUAAUUAUUUGAGAACUGGGCUGUGGAAAGAAGAAUGUGCGUAGUCAAAUAUGGCGCUUUACUGAAAGGAAAGCCAACAGUGGGUUUCUUCAACAUUGGGUUUCUUCUCUUUUUCAAUAUAGGAGAAGAAGUUGAUUGAUAUUCCAUAGUCCAGAAACAGUAAGGUAGUAACAAUGCAGCUCGAUGUGGAUCCUUUGGAUGAUUUGCUUUCUGAGUCCAAGACAAAUAACAGUCAUAAGUUCCGACCUAAGAUGAAGGCACAGCCUCGAAAGGGUGAAACUAGAGGAGUUGCGUCAGACCUUCCAAAUUUAAUGGACAGACCAGUUUUAGGCUCUAUCCAGGAGGAUCCUUUGCAGUCUGCUGUCCAGGACUCGUUGCAGUCUGUUGACUCCCUAGCUAUGACAGAGAAAUCACUUUCCAAAGAGUCCAUUUUCCAGGACUCUUUGCAAUCUGUUGAGUCUAUAGCUAUGACAGGGAAAUCACAUUCCAUAGAUCCUUUACAUUCAGAGGAUGUGGUUCCAGAUGGAAAUGGAGAUUGGCAAUCUAGCUUUGGGAAAUCUUUAGGAGAGAAUGCAGACAUAUUUUCUGGGUUGGAAUGUCUUGAUGAUUUUAUUACUCAAACUACAAGUGGUUCAGGGAGUGAGGCAAGCAAGUCACAGUCUAAGGUUCAUAUGGACGAACAGCACAGUGAGAAGUUUUUGACGUCAUAUGGUGUUAAUAAUAAUGUGGAAGGUCCUAUUUCCACUUCUCACAUGGAAAAUCGCUCGGAGGAAAAUUUGAGUGCUCCAGCCCAUCAUUCAUUUGACUCUUCAUCGUUCACAAUAUGUGAUGUUGCACCAUCUCAAAUUUGUACUGAUUAUCAUUCAACACAAGAUCCAGUGUCCUUCAGUAAAACUGCUGUUUCUAAUGAACUAGAGGAAGCUCAGAUUAAUGACGGAAGGUCAAAAACAAUGGUUGCUGAGGAUUUGUUUGAUUUCGAAAUGUAUGAGGGAACCGUUGCAUCUGGUCACCGUGUUGGCAAAUUUCAACCCAAGGCCAAGUUGGGGAAGGGAAAAAAGAAACCUAGUACAAACGAACCCCAAGCUGAUGUUAGAUCUGGUGUGCCUUUACCGGCUGUCCAUAAUGUUCCUCUUGACCAAGGAUAUGACCAAGAGAGCUCCGUGCUGGAAUUUCCAAGUGAAGGUAUUCUUGAUUACUCAUCAGCUACAUUUGAUGAUUCUAUUUCUUUGGAUCCAAUCUCCGAAAUUCAAGAGGAUGUAGAACCAACCAAUCUUGCAAAAGCUACCCACUCAGAAGUGGUAGAAGAUGACCCUGUAACAGAAGAAGUGGAUGGCAAGAGUAAAAUAGGAGAAAGUUCUACCGAGCCAAAUGGUCUUAGAAGAAGCAAAAGAUCUGCUGCUAUGCAGGAUAUUGAAGGUAGGGAAUCGUCAAAGCAGCAGAGGGAAGAUUUAAGACAGCUUUCUGAUGAUCCAGUGGAUGAAGUUCAUGAUCUUAGUGGCUCUGUUUGUGACCCUCCCUGUACUUCUAAUAGAGAUGAAGAAGAGGAUAAUGAUGAGGAAUAUAGAGUGGAUAGUACAUCUAAAAAGAAAAAGGCUACAAGAAAGGUAAAGGAACCUGUACCUGGAAAAGAGAAACCUGUUCGAAAGCGUAAGAGCUCGAAGCAAGCAUCAGAGGAGCAAACUAAAGAACCUCCCAAAAAGUUCCCUCAUUCGACUCGUCGUAAAAAAAGGAUGGUGGACAAAGCUUUACUUGACAUGCCAGAAGAUGAAAUUGAUCCUCUGAGGUUACCGAUCAAGGAUCUUAUUCUUCUUGCCGAGCAUAGAGAGCGAAUGGCGACUAAAGAUGCAGCAAAGCUGAAGACACCACAGACAAAUCAAAGCGCCAAUGACUCUUUCCGUGAGGAUGUUUCUCACAAUGAAGAGAUGUUUCAUUCAGAACAGGGCCAACACUUUGAUGAAGAUCAACCAACUUACAGGGCUCAGUCAAGCUCCACUUACGUUAAUUAUCAUUCAUUUAUGGACAAAACACCCAGUACAAGGUGGUCAAAACACGACACAGAACUUUUCUAUGAGGCUGUUCGACAAAUGGGGACAGAUUUUACCAUUAUACAACAACUUUUUCCCAAUCGAACACGGGAACAAGUGAAAUUGAAGUUUAAGAAAGAAGAGCGUCAACACCCCUUGCGGCUCUCUGAUGCCCUGACUAAUCGGACAAAAGAUCAUUCGCAUUUUGAGUCUGUGAUCAAGCGGCUACAAGAACUUGCUGCUCAAGCAAAGCAAGAGGCCAAUGGGAAUGAGUCCAAUUGGUUCCCAGGGGAGGAAGAAGUGGAGGAGCCUACUCAAAAUGCUAAUGAAGAACAUACAAAAUCUGAGUUGGAUGAAGUUGUUAAAGAUCAAGAACAAGAAGCGGAAGUUACCAAUGUUCAAAAUAGCCCUUUGAAGUACGACGAGGGCGAAGAAGAUGACCCGGAUAGGUGGAACAGUUAUGAUGAUUAUUAGUGACUAGACACAAGCAUUUUUCAUCCUAAUAUCUAACCACCAAAGAACCUAGUUAGGAUCUUGAUUCUUUAAAUGGUCCAUUUGUCCAACUCUUCAAAUAUCAUUUUGUUGUAAUUUGCAUUAAGGGAAAAGUAGUAGUAAUAAUAAUAAUAAUUAUAUGUAACUCUUCACAUAUCAUAUCAUUUGUUGUAUUUUACUCUUUAAUUUCAAUUUUGACAAUUUUCCAAUUAUGUCAAAUACAUUAUUCGCAUAAGAAAACAAAUUUACUAUUAGCAUUA